ACAACUGCCGAACGACUAUUUCCGGUAACUCCUUGCAUACCGCCGUGAUGCUAGUGUGCAUCCUGUGCCAUACCAAGUGUGGGUCUAGGUUACGUCAUACAACAUCCAGUUCUGCAUUACUAUAUACGCUGCCUCUGCAAGCAGUCUUUCUCGAGAAUUCAACGUAUAUUUUUACGCUUGCUGCUUCGUAUCACUUCUGAACUCAGCAAAACCCAUCAUGUCCAAAGACUUUGGCGAAAGCCGUGCCUCCAAUGGUCUCAAUUUUGUCGCCACAGAUCGUCACGAUACUUACUCAUACAUCUCUCCAUCCAACUUCAAUCUCCAAGGAAAGCAUGUCUUGAUCACGGGUGCCUCAAAAGGCGUCGGCCGUGCCACAGCUCUGAGUUACGCGAAAGCAGGUGCCUCAUGCAUAGCCCUAGGCGCACGAUCCGACCUCUCCACCGUGGUCAAAGACGUCCAAGCCGCAGCCAAAUCCGCAGGUCGCUCAGAGCCGCAAGUUCUAGCACUAGACCUCGAUGUUACCAGUAAAGACAGCGUAGAUGCUGCUGCUAAGCUCGUCAUUGAAAACUUUGACGGCCGACUCGACGUCUUGAUCAACAACGCCGGAAGUCUCGCCUCCUUCGCCGGCAUCCCAGACACCGACCCAGAAGAAUGGUGGCGCGACUACGAAACCAGCGUAAAAGGAACCUACCUCGUAACCCGCGCAUUCUGGCCGCACCUCCUCGCCGGCUCCAAGAUCAUCAUCAAUAUAACCUCCAUCGGCGCCGUCAUGGUUGUUCCGCAGAGCUCUUCGUACGGGCCCGCCAAAUUGGCUUCACUCCGAUUGACUGAGUUCAUCGACAAUGACCACGGGGAGGGUAAGGAUGAUAUGCUGGCUAUGGCCGUGCAUCCGGGAGGCAUACAGACAGAGUUGGCGCUGGGCAUGCCGGGACAUAUGCAUGAGUGGUUGGUUGAUACGCCGGAGCUGGCUGGAGAUACGUUGAUGUGGUUGGGGGCGCAGAGGAGGGAGUGGCUGGGUGGGAGGUAUGUUAGUGCGUGUUGGGAUAUGGAGGAGUUGAGCGGGAAGAAGGAGGAGGUUGUCGAGAAGGAUUUGUUGAAGAUGAGGUUGGCUGUUGGAGCGUGAUGGCAAGACUUGGGCGCAUUCGGUCGCAGAACUGUUCCUUCUAUUGUCUGUCGAAGUGAAAAUGCGACAGAUUGGGUAUUCCCUAUACAGCAAAAUUCCCUGCUCUUGUAGUCCGUCAUCAUAAAAUGUGGCAAAGGUCCAACGGCCUGAUACUGGCAAGGUAGGUACAGCGAACCAAGGUGUGGGACCGCGAAAAAGAUGGAAAUUUUGAUUGUACCUUCCUCUCCUCUAUUGAACAUCUAAAAAAGCGCCUAACGAGUAUAGCAGCAACAUUCGAAUAAAUUACUACGUACAAAGCGGCACAACGUAGCAAGCCGCGGUGUCAGGGGGUUUUGUUUGGCACAGGCAUUAACAGAUUGCGAAAUGCAGCCACUAUAUGUCGUGCUUUUAGCUGCAUGAAUAGCUGUGGCUUAGAGUCGUCAGAGAGAUAGGCCUAAGAGUGCGCAAUAAUGUCAUCCAACGAUAUGGCGCGCGAGGCGCAAACGGCACUGAAA